AUGGAUAACUUCAAAUUGUGUUUUCUCUUUAGUUUAUUCAUAGUUACCCACCUUGUUAGUGUCACCAUUGCCGAAACUGAUUUCUGGUAUCAAUAUUGCUAUGGAACCUACACAGCAAGCGGAUCAUUUCAAAGAAACGUAGACGAUGUACUAUACUCCAUAACCAAAACAAAUAAUGGAUAUGGUUUUUUCAAUCAAACAGCCGGAGAAGGGCUCGAUAAAGUCAAUGCAGUAGCUCUUUGUAGAGCAGAUAUUGAUCAGAGUGAUUGUGAGCGUUGCGUAGAUGAUGCAACCCGUAAACUACAAGAGAAUUGUAUAUACCAAAAGGAAGCAAUGGGCUGCUAUGAUUAUUGUCAGUUAGUCUAUUCGAAUUCCUCAUUGCUUUACACUACUGUUAUGGAUAAAGACGACACCAAGUGUUUUAAUAACCCAAACUUCACUUCAAACUGGACUAUAUUAAAACCAUCAAUGGUGAAUCUUUUUUAUCAGUUACGAACAGAAGCUUCAAAGGGUGGUAUCCUUAGAAAAUAUGCAGCCAGGAGCAUGAGUGUAAUUCCAGAUUCUUCAACAAUAAGCGGACUUGUGCAAUGCACUCCUGAUCUAUCAGAGUCGCAAUGCAACCAGUGCUUAGUGGACGCCAUCAAUUUGCUUCAGGUCUGUUCAUUUGGAAGAAUCGGAAGUAGAGUUUACAAGAGGGGUUGCAACGCAAGGUAUGAGUUAUAUCGGUUCUUUAAUGAGACAUGGUUUCCUACUCAUCCACCAUCUCUGCAAUCCCCACAAUCAGAGACAAAGGGAACAUACAUUAAGGGACAGUUCAUAGGAAUCCUAUUCACAGCUGGAGCAUUGAUUGCAAUAUCUGGUUUCUUUAUAUGGCAUAGGCACCAUUUUAAACUCAAACAUAAAGACUAUAAAGACCAUGAAAGCGAUGUUACAUCAAGCAUCUAUGUGGAUAAAAGCAAGUUUGAUGGAGACAACGAUGAUACGUUUGAAAUGCAUCAUUUUCAUCUAAGUACUAUACAAGAUGCCACGAAUGGCUUCUCACUAGAAAACAAGCUAGGAGAAGGUGGUUUUGGCCCUGUCUACCUGGGGAAGUUGGACGAUGGAAGGGAAAUAGCUGUGAAACGGCUUUCCAAGAAUUCGAGCCAAGGACUAGAAGAGUUCAAGACAGAAGUAAGAUUGAUCAUAAAACUACAACACAAGAAUCUGGUGAAGCUUUUAGGUUGCUGUAUAAAAGGCGACGAAAGGCUUCUAGUCUAUGAAUACAUGGUUAAUACAAGCCUAGACUCAUUCCUAUUCGAUCCAGCUAAGGCUAAGGAAUUAAAUUGGAUUAAGCGUGAGAAGAUAAUAUGUGGUGUAGCAAAAGGACUUAGGUAUCUUCAUGAGGACUCACGUUUGAAGAUCAUCCACAGAGACUUGAAAACGAGCAAUAUUCUUCUAGAUGACGCCAUGGAUCCCAAGAUAUCAGAUUUUGGCACUGCUAGAAUUUUUGGGACAAAUCAAAUUGAAGCCAAGACUAACAUAGUUGUUGGAACAUAUGGAUACAUGGCACCCGAAUACGCAAUGGAAGGAUUAUUCUCAACAAAGUCCGAUGUUUAUAGCUUUGGUGUGUUGCUCCUAGAAAUCAUUCAUGGAAGAAGAAACAAUGGAUUCUACUUCCAAGAGCAUGAUGAAACUCUUCUCUCAUAUGCAUGGAGGACGUGGAAGGAGGGUAGAGGAGAGGAUCUGAUAGACAAAAUCUUGAUAAAAAAUUGUCCGUUAAACAAGACUUUGAGAUGGAUACAUAUCGCGUUGUUAUGUGUUCAAGAAGAUCCUAAAGAUCGACCUAACAUGUCGUCAGUCGUUUUCAUGCUUGAGGGCCAAGGGUCAACCCUCCCGGAACCAUCAGAACCUCCGCUUUCUUUUACAAAGAUUGUUACUUUUGACGAAGUUCCAGCGACAGAUUUUAGAACUUUAACAAUUUCCUCAUCUUCACAACCUCUAGAAGCGUAG